AUGCACUUCCUAGCGGCGCGGACGUACAAGCAACCCAGUAUCGGUGCACCUGUCCUGGAGGAAAAUAUGAAGCUCCUCCAGAAGAACCUAUGGGGCGCAUCGAGGCCCGCUCAAAUGAACUCCCCCCCCUAUCAGCAUGUCUUUUCUUCCACAGACACUGGACACCGAACGAGGUAUCCUUUCCUUGAGCCUCAUCCCCGACAAUCUCUAGGGAAGAGGGUUCAUAAUGGUGCUGAAGUCGAGAUGAACGUCAGGAGCAGAUACCAUGCUGUGAAUCGACUCUCACCGUCCACCUCGAAUGGUUCCUCUGGAGCCUCAAAUCACAUUUUACUCCCGCCUAUCGAUGGCGAUUACUCCCCAUGGCGUCACCUAUCUCCCACAGGUGAUGACCAGCGCGGCGCAUCGUCGAGCUGGUGCUCUUCACCCACCGAGAUCUCUGGCAGCUCUUUGCUUCAUUCCCACUCUGACCGAUUGUCGCGGGUCUCAAACGCGGAUAACAGACAAAGAUAUCAGCCCUACUUUCGAUCCAGGCCGCUGCUACGCUACACACAAGACAGCGAUAAGCAGCUACCAGAGAACUUCCGAGACAACUCGACAUCUCCUCCUGGCAUGCUCCUGGGUAAUGAUCCAGAGGAAAAUGUCAUGACCAGAAUCCACCGGCACGAUAGUCGCCAUUCCAGCCCUCCUCCGCAUGUGCUGGACAUGGAAGGCGGACGUCGGUCUGUCAGGCUUCAUGAUUCUUUCGUUAAUCGUGACCGCAAGUUGCCCCCGCUAGUCCUUGAUCGUGAAGAUCUUCGUUUACCCCCUGUCCACCGACCGUAUCGGUAUGAAGCCACAUCAUCUGAGAAUGAAGGCUAUCGCUCGCUUCACGAAGACUUUCCGAGUCUUAGUCGACACCAGCUGCCGACACCUCCUGGAAGUAGCUCAUCGCCGCUUGCCCCCAACUUCCGCGGAUUUUCUGAUCAUCAUCGACCCUGGCGAUCACGGCCCAUUCAUCAGCCUCAGGAGGCUUCACGAGAGAAGGAUCAUCGUGAUGUUAGAGGGACUUCCAGAGAUCUGCCACCUCCCAUCUAUGACUCACUAAUGGAUGAGGCACUAUCAGACGAUAACUAUCCUAACGACAGGAUUUCAACUUCGAUCCCAUUUUACAUGUUGUCGAGGAUGACCUACGGCACACAAGAGCGCAACGAAGGCUAUACUCACGAUAGGGUACUUCAUAGUGCCUACGAGGACUCUAAUCAAUCCCUGCUGAACAGCUCCCACAGCGAUAAGGCAUUCGGACCCUCAACCAACAAAGAGUAUGCAGCAGCAUCCAGAAGUUUACCCAGCCCCAUCGAUGACUUGCCAAUGAACGAAGCAUCCUUUGACUUAAUCCACGGAAAUAACAGAUCCCGGAUGUCUGGUACCUCUACUGCGUCAACGAACAGCGACGCCUCAGUACUGUUAGCGACCGAUUACACAAACAAGAUCAAACAACUAAGCGUGACUCGCACUUCGGUCAGGCGCUUUAUGUUGCUCGCAGGUUUGCAUGCAGGGAGCUAUCGCUUAGUUGAGCGAGAGUGA